UUGACGCAUGCGCAAAGCUCUCCGAGGCCGGUUCGGCUCCUUGCUUUGUCCGGGUCGGAGGUGCUGAGUGGACCCGCACGUGGAGCAUCAUGGUGGUGGGCACGGGCACUUCUUUGGCCCUCUCCUCGCUCCUGUCCCUGCUGCUGUUUGCAGGGAUGCAGAUGUAUAGCCGGCAGCUUGCUUCCACGGAGUGGCUUACUAUCCAAGGAGGUCUGCUGGGUUCAGCAUUGUUUGUGUUCUCCCUUACCGCCUUCAACAAUUUGGAGAACCUGGUCUUUGGUAAAGGGUUCCAGGCCAAGAUCUUCCCUGAGAUUCUCAUCUGCCUCCUAUUGGCUCUCUUUGCCUCUGGCCUCAUCCACCGAGUCUGUGUAACUACCUGCUUCAUCUUCUCCAUGGUUGGGCUUUACUACAUCAACAAGAUCUCCUCUGCUUUGUAUCAGGCAACUGCACCAGUAAUUGUCCCUGCCAAAGUCACAGGCAAAAGCAAGAAGAGGAAUUGACCCCUCAGUGACCAAUAAAACUAACUCCUUUGUAACCCA